AAGCUUUUCCCAGAGCCGGCGGCAGGUGGUUGUUCCCACGCUUUCUCUGCGCCUGAGCCGCGCGGCGUUAGCGGCGGCCGCGGAAGGAGUUCGGACGCCGGUCGCACUUCUCCGAACCCCGAGGGAGUGUGAGGAGCGGGGCCGCCAGCCAUGCUCCAGACCCCUUGGCGCCAGGAACCAGUGACCUUUGAGGACGUGGCUGUGUACUUCACCCAGAAUGAAUGGGCUAGUCUGGACCCUGUGCAGAGGGCCCUGUACAGGGAGGUGAUGCUGGAGAAUUAUGCAAAUGUGGCUUCCCUGGCUUUUCCAUUCACCAUACCUGUUCUGGUCUCCCAGCUGGAGCAAGGAGAACUGCCAUGGGGCCUCGAUCCCUGGGAACCUGUGGGCAGGGAGGCCCUCAGAGGUGUCUGUCCAGGGGAUCAGACCAGAACCAAGAAGGAAGGAUUAGCUUCAAAGGAACACACGUCCAAAGAAACUGAGUCCCUCAGACUGACAUUGGGAGGAGGGCCAGGGAAUGUUCCCCAGUACUUUGACUUUGGGAGCAGCCUAGAGCAGCCCCAGGGCCAUUGGAUAAUUAAGACAAAGCCAAAGAGGAGAGAGUUCACAGAUGGAUCAAUCAGGUAUGGUGAGGCCUGUGCUGUCAAGAUUGGAGAGAAGUGUGAGAAGUUAGGGAAAACUGUUAGUGUUGGCACACAACUCACUAUGAAUCAAACAAUUCCUAGUGGUCAGAUAUCUUAUGAAUGUGGAAAAUGUGACAGAUAUUUCAGUCGAAUGGCAGACUUCCACCGACAUCAGAAAUGUCACACUUGUGAAAAGUCUUUCGAAUGCAAAGAAUGUGGAAAAGACUUCAGAUAUAACUCAUUACUUAUUCGGCAUCAGAUAAUUCACACUGGAAAGAAACCAUUUAAAUGUAAAGAAUGUGGAAAAGGUUUAAGUUCAGACACAGCUUUGAUUCAGCAUCAGAGAAUCCACACUGGAGAAAAGCCCUAUGAAUGUAAGGAGUGUGGCAAGGCCUUCAGCAGCAGCUCGGUCUUCCUCCAGCACCAGAGGUUCCACACUGGGGAGAAACUCUAUGAAUGCAAUGAAUGUUGGAAAACUUUCAGUUGUAGCUCAAGCUUCAUUGUCCAUCAGCGAAUGCACACUGGGGAGAAACCCUACGAAUGUAAAGAGUGUGGGAAACGAUUAAGCUCCAACACAGCCUUGACUCAGCAUCAGCGAAUUCACACUGGGGAGAAGCCCUUUGAAUGUAAGGAGUGUGGGAAGGCAUUCAAUCAGAAAAUAACCCUGGUUCAGCAUGAGCGCGUUCACACUGGUGAGAAACCUUAUGAGUGUAAGGUGUGUGGGAAAACCUUCAGCUGGUGUGGAAGAUUCAUUCUGCAUCAGAAACUACACACACAGAAGGCACCUGUCCAAGCAUAGCGCUCUUCACAGUUUGGCUCACUGUGCCUCCGCAUGUUUCUAUUUUCAUGCUCUUUAUCAGUGUUCUCACUGUCUUUCCUGGACUGUGCUGAUUCUUAACCAUGUCUUUGUUCACACGACUCUGCAUAUUUGGAAUGCCCACUCUUCCACCUGUCCAGUCAUAUGUUUAAUUCAGACUCUUGGCUUCCAUCAUGAAAUGGUCCU